AUGGCUGCCAACGGAUCCAAGGCGAACCGCUUCCUCAUCUGGGGUGGUGAGGGCUGGGUUGCCGGCCACCUCAAGACCCUGCUCGAGAAGCAGGGCAAGGAGGUCUUCAGCACCACCAUCCGCAUGCAGAACCGCGAGGAGGUCCUCGCCGAGCUCGACCGCGUCAAGCCCACCCACGUCCUCAAUGCCGCUGGCUGCACCGGCCGCCCCAACGUCGACUGGUGCGAGGACCACAAGGAGGAGACGAUGCGCUCCAACGUCAUCGGCACCAUGAACCUGACCGACUGCUGCUUCCUCAAGGGCAUCCACUGCACCGUCUUUGCCACCGGCUGCAUCUACCAGUACGACGACAAGCACCCCUGGGACGGCCCCGGCUACCUCGAGACCGACCCUGCCAACUUCAAGGACAGCUUCUACUCGGACACCAAGGGCCACGUCGAGGAGAUCAUGAAGCACUACACCAACUGCCUCAUCCUGCGCCUCCGCAUGCCCGUCAGCGACGACCUUAACCCCCGCAACUUCGUCACCAAGAUCUCCAAGUACGAGCGUGUCGUCGACAUCCCCAACUCCAACACCAUCCUCACCGACCUGCUGCCCGCCUCCAUCCUGCUCGCCGAGCACAACGACACGGGCAUCUACAACUUCACCAACCCCGGCGCCAUCUCCCACAACGAGGUCCUCUCCCUCUUCAAGGAGAUCGUCCGCCCCAGCUUCACCUGGAAGAACUUCACCCUCGAGGAGCAGGCCAAGGUCAUCAAGGCCGGCCGCAGCAACUGCAAGCUCGACACCACCAAGCUCGUCAACAAGCUCAAGGAGUACAACUACGAGGUCCCCGAGAUCCACGCUGCCUACCGCGCCUGCUUUGAGCGCAUGAAGGCUGCCGGCGUCCAGUAA